AUGGGUGCAUGUUUGCAAUGUUCGACUCGUAGUUGUCUGAAAGCUUUUCACGUCACAUGCGCACAACAAUCGGGAAUGGCGAUGCAAAUCAAGACGAACCCAGACCCUGAAAGCUCUGAUCUCGUAGAUGUCCAGCGAUUUGUCUACUGCCAUCUUCAUGCUGAUGACGAUGGAUGUGACCCACUCACUCGCAAAAAACGUAUGGAUGAGGCAAUCCGUCGUGCUCGUCGAAGUAUGGCGGCAAAGACAAGCAGGACACCUACUGUAAAUAUGCCAACUAUAUCCUCUGAAGCUAUUGAGAGUAUCAAGAAGCAAGUAGGCUCCGUUGUUAGCGAUAUUGUGCAGUACUGGUAUCUCAAAAGGCGAAGUCGCUGUGGUGUUCCGCUUAUACGACGGUUGCAGCUCAACCAGAAAGUGUCUCGGCCGUCCAAUUUCUUUGCUUCUGAACUUGAUCAGGAGGAGCAAACGAUCUACCAGCAGUUUGCGCUCAAGAGAAUGAGUUUGGAAACCACCCGGUUGCUAUGCGAACAAGUUAAGAAGCGAGAAAGUCACAAGAGAAGCCAUCGGAAAGUCUCCUCUCUGCUUACCUCCGCAUUGCUCAAGCCUAUUCCCCUCGUGCUUGAAGAUAUACUUGAUCGGCUUUUGGAGAAGGAUAAGGACAAGGUGUUUGCCAAUCCCGUCACUUUGGAAGGGUAUAAGGACUACAUCAAACAUCCUAUGGAUCUAUCCACGAUGAGAAAGAAAGCGGAAAAGGGCAAGUAUGAUUCGAUAGCCGCUUUGCGGACCGAUGUUCUUCUGAUGACAGAUAACUGCGAAAAGUUCAACGUGGAGAACCCCUACUUCUUGCAGUAUGGUCGCAAGUUUCGAAAAGUAGCUCUCCAACUCCUCGACAAAGAAGAGACCAGAGAGCGAACAUUGGACAAAGUUAGUUGA